AUGCCUAGUACCACCUCCGAACAAGCGCAGGCCCUCACGCCGGCAGCCAUCCACGCAGCCUACGACCUCAUAAAACCAUACGUGCACCUCACCCCACUCCUCACCUGCAAGACCCUUGACAAGAUUGCCUCGACCCCGCAAACCCCAGAAGCCCUCGUCGGCACCCCAUACGAAGGGCAAACCCCCGCAAACCCACAAAUCCGCUUUUGGUUCAAAUGCGAGAACCUGCAGCGUAUAGGCGCGUUCAAGGCGCGGGGAGCGCACCACGCACUUCUGCGCUUGAUACAGGAUCAGGGUGAGGAGGAGGUGAAGCGGCGGGGCGUUAUAACGCACAGUUCCGGAAACCAUGCCCAAGCCCUGGCUCUCGCUGCCUCUACCCUCGAAGUCCCCGCCUACAUCGUCAUGCCGGAGAUCAGCACAGCCUCCAAAAUUGCAGGAACACGCUCGCACGGCGCAGAAGUAACAUUCAGCGGCUCAACGAGUGUAGAGCGUGAAGCUGUCGUUGCAGAGAUUCAGGCCAAAACAAACGCGUUCCUCAUUCCACCAUAUGACGACUUCAAUAUCAUUUGUGGACAAGGGACGACGGCCCUAGAAAUGGACAGGCAGUUUGCCGAGGUAGGAAAGAAGACGGGACUCGACGCCACAAUCACGCCUGUAGGCGGUGGUGGACUGAAUGCCGGUGUCGCGACAUACUUCUCCGAUAAACCGACGCGGGUCUUUGGUGCCGAGCCCAGUUUCCAAGGCGCUGACGAUUGCCGGCGGGGACUCGGUGCUGGCGAGCGGGUAGAGAAGGUUUCGACGCUUACUAUUGCGGAUGGAUUGCGGACGCCGGUCGGGGUGUUGAAUUGGGAGGUGAUAUCUGAUAAGCAGAAGGUUGAAGGCGUGUUUUCCGUUACGGAGGAGCAGAUCAAGGCUGCGUUGCGGUUGGUGCUUGAGCGAAUGAAGGUUGUUGUUGAGCCUAGUGCUGUAGUCGGGUUAGCUGUUUGUCUUUUUGAUGAAGAGUUCCGGAAGCGCAUAGAGGUUGAAGGUGGAGAGGAAGGAUGGGAUAUUGGAAUUGUUUUCAGCGGAGGGAAUACGACCGUGGAGGCCAUUGCGAAAUUGUUUGGUUGA